AUGCCACCCCGGUUGAACCAUCGGAAAUCUACCAGAGGAUGUCUGCGUUGCAAAUCACGAAAAGUCAAGUGCGAUGAAACGCGGCCCCGAUGCAUUCACUGCGCCCGCCACGGGGUAGCAUGCGAGUACCCUUCAUUUGCAACUCAUGUUUACGAUCCUAUUCAGUCCAAAACAUCCAGCAUCCUGUCGCGAAAAAUACUCAAGCCCUCAUUACCUUCUUCGGGGCUUGGAAUGCGGGUCCUUGAGUUACGCCUCAUGCAUCACUGGGUGGCUGCCACCGCAGAAACGAUGAGCUCGGCCCACCUAGCGGGCGUUCGUGAAAUGUGGGGUGUCUCAGUUCCUCAAAUGGCCUUUGAGUACGAGCCUCUUCUUCACACAUUACUUGCCCUUGGUGCGGCGCAUCGCGCCACGCUCCUUCCAGACGAAGCAAGCUUAUUGCGCCCCGUUUAUCAUUCUUACAUCGAUUCUGCUCUUCAGCGACACCGCCCGGUGACCGCCAAGCUUGACGGCAGUAUAAGCGAAUCGGUUUGCUUGAAUGCUGUGUUGAUCUCGCUGUACACGCUGUUUCUACGGUCGGAGCCUUCCACAGAACCGUAUGAGCCCCCGUUAUUAUGGCUCUCAAUGGCACGUGGCAUUCGAACUGUCUUGAAGGAAGUUUAUCAUAAUUUGGUACAGUCAAAGUCACGUCUGUGUCCUUUACUGCUAGCUCAACCAAUGGUGUGGUUCCAAGGACCGUACACGGGCCCGGACAAAACAUUCCACUUUCUCCUUGAGUAUCAUCGCGAGGAAGAGAAUAUGAAUGAAAAAAUAGAAAAGGCAUACCGUGAUACAAUUGACUAUCUAGAGCGCUUGUACGUGUCCAUACGAAAUGGAGAACCAGACUGGGUCAUUCGCAAGCUAUUCACCGGGUUUCCACCAGUAGUACCUGGCGAGUUCCUCGAUUUUGUCUAUGAGAAACGACCACGGGCUCUGGUGAUUCUGGCGUACUUAUUUGCAUUGACGAAAAAGAUUGAUAGUGUUUGGUGGCUUCGUGGAAUCCCUGAGCGCGAGGUGCGUGGCAUCAACAGUAUCAUGCCCCCUGAUUGGAAGUGGACUAUGGUUUGGGCCCUCAAUCUGGUUGCCGACGAGAAAGAGGCAUCGAAGAAUGGCCUUAUCGUUCCUCGGCUAAACCAGAGUAUGAUAGACGCUUUAUAUUGA